GAUUAUACUUGCUAGCCUUUCGCGUCCAGCUCCCAUCUUGUAGGUCAUGGAGUCCGAACAUCUCAUAAGUCAAAGGGAGACUCCCGUUUCUGAGCAAUUAUGGCUCGAAUGGAAGGAUUUCAUAUACGAGGAAUAUAUUGUCAAUGAUCGUGGAAUACAGGAAGUAUUCGACAUUCUAAAGGAACGAAACCCUCAAAUAACAAUGAGUCAAUAUCGCGCCAAACUUAAGGACUGGGCCUUUUGCAAAAACUUAUGUGCUGAAGACUGGCGGUACGUUAGCCGUUCGAUCCAAAACAGAGCAUCCCAAGCCAAGGGCACUACUGUAAUACUCUCUGGGAAACGGCUUCCUCAAAGCAAAGUGAGAAAACAAACAAACCGCCAUAAGGUUGUAACCCUUCAAGGGAAAUUCGGACCCCCUCCGAGUCCAGAACCUCCCAAUGAAGACGUCCCCCUUUUUUCCUCUGCACUCCUCGGGCUGCUUCCCCUGUUAUGGCCGUGGAUUCUCAUUUCUAUAUUGGCGACUACAGGAAAUGAAACAGGAGAGGAGAUUAAAUCGAGGUCUCGGAAAAAAAGAGGGCGCGAAAUACGUCAACUCAAUAGACAUAUGGUUUGGGCUACCUUCGAGGUGCUCAUCCGACAAAACAUGAAUAUUGUGAUAGGCUCUGAUGAGCUCUUUCAAACUCUCUUACUAAACAAGAGCGUCGACCGUAUCGCAGGCUAUUUUGACGACCUCAUUCCCCCUACUUUUCCCGACGAAAACGUGAGGCGAGCGGUCAUCUUAACAAGUGGGACGCGCCACGAGAUACAAAAAGUAUUGAGAAUUAUUAUGUUCUUGACAUCAAACAAUUUGAUUCUCGACGAUCUUAGGCCUACCUUUGUUCUCAAGGAUGCUCAGGCGCUUACGAUAAAAGCGCUUCUAGAUCUGGGAUUCAAGUCCGACGGACACUCUCUCAAGGCCGCCAUCUCAAGAGGCCUAUCAUAUAGUUUGAUUACUAGGCUUGCAGAACACUGCACGGAUGUCAACGCCUUAGAAGCUGUCGAUAUGAAACUACACGACCCACCAAUCUAUCUAGCUGCUGAGCGUGGAAGAUUAGACUUGGUGAAAUACUUAUUAGAUGCGGGAGCAGAAUUGAAUGUUGGUGGAAGCUGGGUUGUACGCGAAAGAACACUCGGGAAACUGAUAGUAUCCAAAAAUCAUGACAUUCUCUAUCUCUUACUUCACCAUGGGAUCGACAUGAAAAGCACGCCAGAAUUUACGGGACAUGUGACCACAGCUUUGUGUUUAGCUGUUAUGCAAGGCUAUAUUGGAAUUGUUCGUCGUCUUCUCGCAUGCGGUGCUGACCCCAACGUUAGGGAAGGAUUCCCUACGCAAAGCUUUACUAUCACCGCCAUUGAUACAGCUGUAUUAAAUGGACGUCUUGAUAUCAUAGGGCUUCUACUUGGGUCCGGAGUUGUUACAGAAGGCCCGCGACAGUUCCUGUAUAUUUCAGCAGUUCAUUUUUGGGGGCAUCGAGGCUAUUCAGCGACAUUAGGCUUUAUAAUGUCACAAAUGACACAAAUAAAGUGGACUGCAGAAGACUUUUUGAUAUUAACGGAUGUCGAAGACAGGAAAUACCAUACCAAUAAAAUUUCGAACAUCUCUUCGUUUGAGUUUGAUCCAUUUAGAAUCGAACCGUUACGUCGCAGUUACCUCCUUUUUCUUCAAGUAGCUUAUCGCGAAAUGUUAAGAGCAAUACGAGGAAUGCAAGAAAUGUUAUUGAAUAUUAGCAAGCCCAUUGAGGAUGGACAGCCCCCCAUUCCACCUACGUCCAUUAGACCUCAGGUCGCAGCCCAAGAUCUUCACCUAUCUCAGACACAAAUCGACCCUAUGGAAGAAGCAAACUUGUCUGGCAUAGAGAUGUUGCAAAGUGUUGAAGCGGCCGAGGACACGUCGAAUACUCCUCUGCCUAGCAUUGAUUUUCCGGAGAGCAAUUCCGCCGGUGUUCAGUUGGGACCACAUGAUAUAGAUGAAGAGGAAAGGGACAGAAAUCAGCUGAUUUUAGACGACAUGCUAGGCGUCAGGGAAGCGCCAUUCGAACCAAUAGAGUGGAUAUGGUAG